AUGGAGGAUGAAGAUGGCACUUGUUUACUUGAUGUUUUGUGCGACCCCAAAGUCCUGAAUGAUUUUCUUUAUGGGACAACUGAGCUGCCAAGUGGAGACUUACUCAUAAAUUCAUCCUCUGGAGAGCCAUCACUCCAGACAGACACUCCAAGCCCUGCCUCUCUAGCAGAUGAGGAGAAUUCUCAGGACAUGCCUUUCUCUGGCUUUGUGGACCUCUCCUUUCUGGAGGAGGCAUUGCUGGCAUCACUAGAAGGAAGUGGAGGUCCAGAAGAGGCGCAAGAAGCUCGCACUGUCCAAUCAGUGGAACCACAGCAGAAAGCGAUCUUAGACAUCCUCCAGCAGAGUCUCCAAGAGGCAGACAUCACUGAGCACACUCUAGCUUUAGAAGCAGGACUUGCCCAGACAUCAGAAACUUUCCAAGUUGGUCUAUCUGAUGCAUCACUCCCUUUGCCUGCAGCACCAUAUUUCUCCAGACCACUGACAAUCCCUGGUUUGGUCUCUUUACCAAAGGACAUUCAAAUAGCAGUGGAGCCUCCUCAGCCAUCUUUGUUAGCUGUUGGCCCAGGUCGCCCCUCACUAAAACCCACAGGAACCCAGUUAAUGAAUCUGCUUCCUGGGAAUGUCUUCCCUGCACCUACAACAAAGACAUCCUUUUCUUUUAAUUUAGUACAAGGCUCCAGGAUGAACAUCCAGAAAACCCUGCCAAGCUUUGCAGGCAGCCAGAUGUUGGCCUCAACAUUUAGAACAAUAGCUCCUCCAGGGCUCAUGCUACAGAAAACACCUUUGCAUAUUCAGCCUAAGUUACAAGUCAACAUCCAGCCUAGGCUAGUACAUAUCAGUCCUAAGCCAGCAGGACAGAAACAAUUGUCAGGACUUACUUUCAUCCCAGCAAAUACAUCCCAGAAUAUAUUGUUGUCCCCUUCUGUACAUUCAAAUCAGUCUUUUCCACCACUAGGAGGGAAACCUGUUAGCCUACGUGUGGUCAGUCAUGGAGGCUCCAUUGUCAUUAAGCCGCAAAGUCCUUUUCAGGGCCAAAGAAAGUUCAUUCUCCCAAGCCAAACUCCUGAAACAAUGACCCAGUAUACCAGCACUCCAAGGUGUCCUCUUAUUACACCAAGCAAUCAGAUGUUUAACAAACCCAAUGAGGGGCAUCUUGUUGACAGUUCUCAUAUUGUGACUGUAUGCCCAAGGGAAAUGGAUUUCAGCCCUAUUUUCACCUCUCCAACUGGACAACUCACCCUUAAACAAGGGGCUCUACUGUCAGGGUCCCAGCCAUUUCAAUCAACACACCCUACAGUCUUCCAGGUGCCAGAACAGCUAGCAGGGACCUAUCAAUCUCAAGUGCAGAGACAGCAUGGUUCUGUAGUUCAAAGCCAAACUGUAGGGAAGCAGAUACCAUUAAUUAAUAAUGCUAGUGUGCUCAUCCCUGAUAUGAUGACCAUACCGAUCAUAAAUGGCAAGCCAGUCAGCCAUGGUUUGCCCUUGGUGCCUCCAAUCCAGAGAUCAGUUGCAGGGGGACCCGAACGGAAGCUAACUCUUACCCAGAGUUCAAUGCUUCUCUUGCAUGAGAAAAUAACAGCAGAUGGGGGGAAAGCCAGUGAACCACACGAGAUCAGAAUGCUUCCCCCAACUUCAGUGGAAGCACAGAGUUCAGAAAUUCACUCUCAGCCCUCUCCAGUUACAUCUCUUCUACAGUCAUCACCAAAUCUUACUUGUGCCCCUCAGCCAGUUUUGUCAUUAUCCCCAAAACUGAUCACCCAAAUUGAAGAACAACAAUUAUUGGAAGAAGAGCAAAACCUAUUACCUCAUAAUCAGGGUUUAACACACCAUCCUCAACAGCAUGCACUUAAACCAUCAGUCACCCAUGAGGCCUUGGAAGGAACUCUGCUCAUGCAAAUGGACAAUCAUAUCUCUCCAGCCUUUGUUGACCUUUCACCCACAUGUUUAGCUGCAUCUGAGACUUUCUCAGACUCAUUCUCUGAGUGUGAAGAUAUGCCUAUGCCAGUGUAUCCUGAUUCAGAGCAGAGUGAAAUAGGGUUGUCACUUCCACUUGGCCAGUGCUCUUUACGGACCACAGGCUCAGCCUCAAUCAUGGGUUCCACAACCCCAGUGCCAGAUAAGCAGUAUCUGGAUCAAUCGGAGCAGCUGGAACAAACUCACAUUUUAACAGAGCUCAGCGGAACCCUAGAAUCGACAGCAAAGGCGUAUCAGCAGAGCAGUGAAUCAGACAAGGAACUCACAGUCCAUUGUGUGACAACCAACAGUGGGUUUAUCUCUUCGAACCAGCAUAAGUUACAGGAAAUGGUGUCUCUGGUGCCCAGGCCACCAUCUCAGGGCAUAGACACCUACUCAGCACUUCAAAAGGUGGUCCAGACACACUCUUCAUUUGAGAGUGAGGAAGAGGAGCAUCUUACACUGGCAAAAAGGCAACACAGGGUGAAACAGCUGUUGUUUUUAGACCACAGUGCUGUCCUCAACCCAAACACUUCGGUUCCAUAUGUUUCAGUAGAGGAUGCUGUUAGGAAUUUGUUGCCCUACCAUACUUGUGCUAGAGCCCUGCCUAGCCAGGCUGACAUUAUCUCAGUGGACAAGCAGUUUGAGUGUAUUUCAGUGAUGCUGUUUAAACAAAUCACAGACAUGCUGAGCAAGUACAGGCAUCUUCUUCUGGCUGAAUCUCAGCAGGAGAGUCCUUCAGCAGAGAUGGUGAUGCUAGAGCGUUUGUUUCUCCAGUCAGAGAGACUCUUGUUGGGAGAGGAUAGACGCAGAGCCAGGAGAGAUCCAGAGUCCUUCCUGAUGUCCUGGCAAAAGAACUCAUCUCAACAUAGCACGGUGUCGUCAGUCCAGGCUAGACAUUCUAGUUAUCCUUCAUCACCGCCAUCAUGGGCCUUGCAAUCUGACAGACCUCCUGGCCUGAGGACAUACCGCUCCAGCAGCAAAGGAGCACUUCACCUCACAGUCAAACAUGAAUCAGGAUAUUGCAAGGUCAUCCACAACUCUGCUUAUGAUGUUUCACAUGGCAUCUCUGGCUACAAACGGAACUAUUCUGGAUAG